AUGAAUAAUGUGACACUUGCUUUACGAAACGAAUUAAAUAUGAGCGAAAAAUCUUCAACAAGUGAAAGUAAUUGUGGAGAAAGUAAUAGUGCAGCAAAUAAUAUUGAAGAAAAAUUUGCAGCUCCAGCAGCUGGUUUUGUUGACAAUAUGCCACCACCUAUUCGUGAUGAACUACAACCGAUCGACUAUUUUUAUUUUUUGUUCGGCAAGCGAUCAACAACACUCUUGACAAAUCAACCAAAUCUAUAUGCUGUUCAAAAAAAUUCUAACAAACCGGUACGUAUUUCUGAAACAGAAAUGGAACAUUUCGUUAGUAAUUGUUGA